UUUUAAUGUCAAUCGUGUUAAAAGAAAAGCAAACAAACGACCGUGUUUGAAAAAUUAAAUAAACAUUAUUUCUUAAAAAUAUAGAACUUUGGAAAAGUAGUGUUACUAAACAAGUGCGAGCGAACUGUGUUGAAAUGGAGUUAGCAAUGGCUUCUGAAAAAGAUCCACUCGUGAGCGAGAGGUCAGGAACUGUCCGCGAAGUUGGGAAUCAUGCCAUUUGGAGUUUGUCGUCAUGUAAACCAGGGUUUGGUAUAGAUCAACUACGAGACGACUGCAUGGACACUUAUUGGCAGUCAGAUGGCCAGCUUCCCCAUCUUGUCAACAUUCAGUUCCAGAGAAAAACUAUGGUCUCUCAUAUUUAUAUAUACACUGACUACAAGUUGGACGAGAGCUACACUCCCAGCAGGAUAUCAAUUAGAGCUGGGACACAUUUCAAUGAUUUACAAGAAAUUGAAGUUAUUGAGUUAAUUGAACCAAGUGGGUGGGAAAUGAUUCCAAUCAAAGACAUUCAUGACAGACCAAUCAGAACCUACAUGAUACAAAUUGCUGUACUAAGCAACCACCAGAAUGGAAGAGACACACAUAUGCGACAGAUAAAAAUACAUUCCCCUUGUGAGCCAACGUCAUUUGACAUAAAUAAGUUUAGGAAUUUCUCUACAGUACAGUUCCAGCAAUAUGCAACUAUUCGUUAGGAUUAAUUUAAUUUAUUAUGUAAAUUAUUGUAUUAAUGCCAAAUAAAAUUAAGUUUGUAAGAA